UUGGUAAACAACGGUUUCGAAUCUUUGUACUUUUAAAUAUCAUUCCCUAAAUAUUUAAAUAAGACAGGGAGGUAGGUAGGAAACUGGGAACUAGGAUUACUCUAUGAUUGCUUUAUUCAAGUGUAAAUUUUAAACAACAAUUUAUUGGCUUUUUAAAUGCUAUGGAGGGUUGUAAAUCUUCAACGACAUUUUUUACGAUGUGAGUUGUGGACUAAAAAUAAUUUGUAUUUUAUAAAAAUGCCUUUCUACGCUGUUGCCAAAGGCCGGACCUCCGGCAUAUUUAUGGAAUGGAGUGAUUGUGAAGCACAAGUUAAGGGCUUUCCUGGUGCAAGAUAUAAAAAGUUCAAUACAGUUGUCGAAGCUCAAGACUUCAUUACAACGAACAAAGGAGUUAGUGGACCGGUAAAGGAUAUCCCUCCUAAAAAACCAAAAUCUCGUUCAUCUCUGCCUAGUAAAAACGAUAAUAAUCUAAAAAGAAAUUAUUCAACUUCUUCUAAAGCUGACGAUACUGUUCCAAGAAAGAAACCGAAAGAAAAAGCGAAAUCAGAUGGUUUCAGUUCUGAUGACGAUUAUGACUUGAACACAAUAGUUAUAAAACAGUUAGAUGAUAUAGAGGAAAGACUUAAAGGAGUAACAAAUCGUGUUGAUAAAAUCUUUCAAAAGAAUACUAAAAAGGUGGGAAAGAAGACUAAGUUAAUUCAACCACAGGACCUUGAAUCAGAUUUUAAAGUGGAUGAUGACGGGUUUGUGCAAGUUUAUACAGAUGGAGCAUGUUCAUCAAAUGGCCGCUCAGGUGCUCGAGCUGGUAUCGGUGUGUACUGGGGUGAUGGCCAUAGUCUAAAUUUAAGUGAGCCAGUAUCUGGACGAGCUACUAACAACUGUGGUGAAAUUCAAGCAGCUACAAAAGCUAUUAAACAGGCAAUUGAUCAUGGGGUGGACAAGUUAGCCAUUUAUACAGACUCCAAGUUUCUUAUCAAUUCUGUUACAAAAUGGAUGCCAGGUUGGAAAAGAAAAGGAUGGAAACUACAAUCAGGAGAACCUGUGAAGAAUGAAAUGGACUUUAAGGAUCUUGAUAGUGUUCAGAAUAAGAUUAAUAUUAAGUGGAAUUAUGUAGAAGCCCAUAAAGGUAUCCAUGGCAACGAGAUGGCCGAUCAACUUGCUAAAGCUGGUGCCUCUCGCUAUGGAAUCUAAAAACAAAUUAAUAUUUCCUAUGUAGAUUUUGUUUAAUAUUAAACCAAUUUUGUAGUGUGAAAUGAAUAUUACUUUUGAUUUUUACAUAGCCUUUAUAUUUGUUAAAGUCUAGGUCAACUUAUACAUAUUUCAAUUUCUUUAAUUUAGUUUGCCUAGAAUUUAUCUGUUAAGUGGUGCUUUUAAAAAAUGAGUAUUGCCUCUAUUACUAUUAAUGGCUGUGUUUGGAAAGGUAUGGUUUUUUCCAUGUCAUAUCCACUUCCUAAAGAUAAUAAUCAUUUGUUGUAGUAUUUUCAGAUUUCUUCAUGUCUUGUAACUUUAUUAUCAAAACUCUACUACUUUCUGACUUAUUUAUCUAUGUAUUGGUUCCAUAAAGGCUAGAAUUGUUAUUUAUUUAUUUAUAAUCACAUUAUUUGAUAAUUGCCCAUUAUUAGUUUGAGAAUUACGAAAUGUUUAAAGCUGUAAGAAUGUUUUUAAUAAAUAUUAUUUUCUGUA